UAACCGGUUACGGUGGUACAAAAAAAAUAUCGAACGAUGCAGAUCUCGCACGAUACAUAUAACACAUUGGUCAACUGUAUUACGUUACAAAUGCAAAAAAUAUUUGAUCCUAUUUUUGCUGCGUUACAUUCUAUAUUUUGGCCUCGUCCUCUCGCGAUCAAACCCCACGACCAAAAUGUCUGAAUCUGCCUCCAGCCAUGACUCUCCCCCAGCUCCGACGAUCGCCGGAGACUCACAAACCACCGUGACUAACGAAUCGGAUACCAAUGCGAAAUGUCAAACAGCUAUACAAUCCUUAUCCUCCAUCGUCACAACCACAACCAUCCCUUCCACAAUCUCCCUCCUCCUCGACGACUCCGCCGUCUCCGCCGCGAUCUCAUCUCUCCUCCAACGUCCCGAUUCCGGCUCAGGCGAUAACAACCUCUGCCGCUGGCUCUACGACACCUUCCAAUCCACGGAACCAUCUCUCCAUCUCCUCGUCCUCCGUUACGUCCCCUUGAUCGCCGGCCUCUACCUCUCCCGCGUCCCUCUCCGCCAACCCCAAGCCGGAUUCGAAGCCGUCCUACUCGCUCUCUACGCGCACGAGACAACCUCACGCGCCGGACAGGCCGUAACCGUCAACAUCCCCGAUCUCUCCCACCCCAGCAUCUACCACGAGUCCAAAGGUCCCGCGAAGAACAACUCCACGUGUCUCAACAUCGCCGUCGUCUCCUCGACGCUUGAUCCACACGGUACGGUGAGAUCCACGCGCAGGGCGAGGAUCGUUGGCGUCGCGCUGGAGCUUUACUACAGCGAGAUCUCGAGGAUGCCUCGCGAGUCGAAGCUCGAUUUCUGCGAGGCCUGCGAGAAAUGGGCUGGGCAAAACGGAGAGACACGAGCUGGGGUGGUCCCUGAGGAAGAAGAGAGUGUGGCAGUCGCGAGAUCUGAGAAAGACGGUGGACGGAUUCCUCUGCCGUGGGAGCUCGUGCAGCCGAUGAUGAGGAUCUUGGGGCAUUGCUUGAUGGGGAUGAAGGUGGAAGAUAGGGAAGUGAAGGAGGCGGCGAGUAAAGCUUGUCAGAGUUUGUAUCUCAGAGCACUGCAUGAUAUUAACCCUAAGGCGAUUCUGGCUGCUGGGAGUCUUCUCCGGUUAAGGGAGAUGGCUCUUGAUCCCAAGAACCAGAUUGAUCACACUGAGAUAUCAAACGACAACGUUUUGUCUGUUUGACCUCAUCGUUUUGCUUUUAUCUUUUGGGUCAACGCUUUCUUUUUAUUUUAUUUUAAAGAUAACAACUUUGAUUUGUCAACUUAAACCAUGUAUGUAAGGCCAUGUUCUCACGGAAAUGUUCGAUUUUGCCCUCACUCCAAUAUGCAACUGCAACCUAUUGUUGUUUGUUGUAGUUUGCAGCGACCAUUCACAAAAGUUUGAAAUUUUUAUUUAAUAGUCAAUUUUAUUGGUAUUGGUUGGACAAUUUCUCUACCCAUUUUAUUUGGUCAUCCACCAUUACCCCCUUAGUUGUUUAAUAGGACCAAGUGGAGUGGAGUUGCUGAUUAUUCCGACAUUCAAGUGUUAGUAUGUGGUUUGUCGUAUCAGAUUCCAUCUCAAGAGAAUCGAAUAUCAUUGACUUUACUUGAUAUCUAAAAUCUCAAGUUGCCUUGCACUCAACAACUCCUUUCUUUUUGUUCGUUAGUGCACAAGUCGACUCACGUUCCAUCGAAUGAAUGAUAAAAAGCGUUUGUACCAAACUACACCAAUAGUGAGUAAUCACCAUCACAAUAUAUUCAAGAUUUAAACGAAUACACAUCACAAGAAUAGUGUGUGCGCACAAAAGAAAACAGUGUUAGUUUCCGCGUGAACACUCUAGUUUCCAAAUCUUUUGACCAACGUCAAACAACACACUCUUUACUUCUUUGACCAACGUAAUUACUUUGCAAAGUACUACUUUUUUUUAACAAAGAUAUUUUU